CUCUGGUCUCCGUAAUCAUCAGUUCAUUUGUGUGCACAGUCGUCGAAUAAUUUGACAACAACACCGACGAAAAAUUAAAAUGGCCGCUAAAUUCAUCAUCUUCGCCGCUUGCGUGGCCACCGCCCUCUCCCAGUACGCUGCCCCAGCCUACAAACCCGCUUACUCCGCACCCGCUUACUCGGCACCAAAGGCUUACGCCCCAGAGCCCACAUACGCACCAACACCUUACAACUUUGAAUACAGCGUAAACGACCCACACACCUACGACGUGCACAGCCAAUCCGAAUACAGCGACGGAAACGGUUACGUCAAAGGAACCUACAGCCUUGUCGAAGCCGACGGCUCCAUCCGUACCGUCGAGUACACCGCUGACGACUACAACGGUUUCAACGCCGUCGUCAAGAACGAAGGUGGAUACAAAGCUCCAUCAUACUCCGCACCAGCUUACAAGCCAGCUUACUCCGCACCAGCUUACUCCGCACCAGCCUACUCCGCACCAGCAUACUCCGCCCCGGCCUACAAGCCAGCCUACAAACCACAACAACACCGACAAAAAAUUAAAAUGGCCGCUAAAUUCAUCAUUUUCGCCGCUUGCGUGGCCACCGCCCUCUCCCAGUACGCUGCCCCAGCCUACAAACCCGCUUACUCCGCACCCGCUUACUCGGCACCAAAGGCUUACGCUCCAGAGCCCACAUACGCACCAACACCUUACAACUUUGAAUACAGCGUAAACGACCCACACACCUACGACGUGCACAGCCAAUCCGAAUACAGCGACGGAAACGGUUACGUCAAAGGAACCUACAGCCUUGUCGAAGCCGACGGCUCCAUCCGUACCGUCGAGUACACCGCUGACGACUACAACGGUUUCAACGCCGUCGUCAAGAACGAAGGUGGAUACAAAGCUCCAUCAUACUCCGCACCAGCUUACAAGCCAGCUUACUCCGCACCAGCUUACUCCGCACCAGCUUACUCCGCACCAGCCUACUCUGCACCAGCAUACUCCGCCCCGGCCUACAAGCCAGCCUACAAACCAGCAUACCAUCAACACCGACAAAAAAUUAAAAUGGCCGCUAAAUUCAUCAUCUUCGCCGCUUGCGUGGCCACCGCCCUCUCCCAGUACGCUGCCCCAGCCUACAAACCCGCUUACUCCGCACCCGCUUACUCGGCACCAAAGGCUUACGCCCCAGAGCCCACAUACGCACCAACACCUUACAACUUUGAAUACAGCGUAAACGACCCACACACCUACGACGUGCACAGCCAAUCCGAAUACAGCGACGGAAACGGUUACGUCAAAGGAACCUACAGCCUUGUCGAAGCCGACGGCUCCAUCCGUACCGUCGAGUACACCGCUGACGACUACAACGGUUUCAACGCCGUCGUCAAGAACGAAGGUGGAUACAAAGCUCCAUCAUACUCCGCACCAGCUUACAAGCCAGCUUACUCCGCACCAGCCUACUCUGCACCAGCAUACUCCGCCACGGCCUACAAGCCAGCCUACAAACCAGCAUACUAAUUUAUUUAGUCGUGUAAACCCCAACUUUCUUCUUCAUAUUUAUUUCUUCUUGUACCACUCUGGACCAUCGUGUUCACAUUGAACCGUGGUUUCAAACACAUACCAUGUCGUAUUGAUAUCCAUUACAAUCGAUAUGACUUUGUAUUUGUUCUGUAAAUAAAUAUAAUAAUGUAUAUUUAUUGAAAA